UCUGGGAUGCUUUUUGCAGGGCUGUGGAGGCCACUUCCACCUGCUAGGGGCGGGGCGGGGCGGGGCUCCUGAAGAGGGAGGUGACGCAGGAGCUGUCCAGCUCCCAGCGUCCCCACAGCAGGCCCAGACCGCACCAGGCUCCCUGCAGCCCCGGUUAAAAAUGGUCUCCAGAAUGGUCUCUACCGUGCUCUCUGGCCUACUGUGUUGGCUGGCAUUUGGAUGGACUCCAGCUUUCGCUUACAGCCCACGGACUCCUGACCGUGUCUCGGAAACAGAUAUCCAGAGGCUGCUUCAUGGUGUGAUGGAGCAGCUGGGCAUUGCCAGGCCACGGGUAGAAUAUCCAGCUCACCAGGCCAUGAAUCUUGUGGGCCCGCAGAGUAUCGAAGGUGGAGCUCAUGAAGGUCUGCAGCACUUGGGUCCUUUUGGCAACAUCCCCAACAUUGUGGCAGAGUUGACUGGUGACAACAUUCCUAAGGACUUCAGUGAGGAUCAGGGUUACCCUGACCCUCCAAAUCCCUGUCCAGUUGGAAAAACAGCAGAUGAUGGAUGUCUAGAAAACACCCCUGACACAGCAGAGUUCAGUCGAGAAUUCCAGUUGCACCAGCACCUUUUUGAUCCAGAACAUGACUACCCAGGCUUGGGCAAGUGGAACAAGAAGCUCCUUUAUGCGAAGAUGAAGGGGGCACAGAGGCGGAAGCGAAGGAGUGUCAAUCCAUAUCUACAAGGACAGAGGCUGGACAAUGUUGUCGCAAAGAAGUCUGUCCCCCAUUUUUCAGAUGAGGAUGAGGACCCAGAGUGAAGAGAAGAUGCUGAGUGGAAACUCACGCCCCUCACCACCAAUGUGCACGUGUCCCUAAAUCCCGGCAAAUGGCAGCAUGUUUCUGACGUAGAUAAUUAUGGGUGAAAAGCAGCUGUAUGUCGUUGUCCUUUACACUGAUCACUCGGCUUUCUGCUAAGUUAGAGUAAGAGCUCUUUUUGUUUCUGUUUUUUUUUAUGUGGAUCUUCAAUGAAUAUUAACAUUAAGAUGUAUAUGUCAAGUACUAUAAGAAACAAGACUAGGAAAUGCUCAGAUUUCUUGUUGUUUAAGUGGUGUUUGGGGCUGUGCUAUUUUGGCCAAAUCUGCAGAAAAGCUGGCAUUUGAUUUUGAUUAUGCAAUGCACCCAGCCCUCAGGCCUUGUUACACACCAAUAAAGAAGUCUGUGCUCACAAGGAGGACCUGACACAUCUCUCUUGGCUGUAUCUUAGUAAAUGUUUAUGCAAGCA